AUGUACAUCCAUGUUAUCUUUGGAUCCACCGUCAGCGGCAAGACAGCCAUCGCGAUAAACGUUCCCACCGACACAGUCGACAGGUACAUCGCCAUAACCAAUGACCUCAUUGACUUCGGUGCCUUAGCAUCCGCGUACUCUAGACCUGCUAAUGAUGCAAGGCAUUCAGAGAGAGCAAUCAAGACAUAUGCAGGAGCCUUCAAGAGCAUAGAUAUUUUGUUAGCCAUAACGGAGAAGUUGGACAAGAUCUUGGACAAGUUUGCGAUAUCAGAGUUCCAGGCAACUCCUGAUGUCGCGAAAAGCACUGACGUGAGCCCGAUGUCAGUUCUGACGCCUAAUACUGACAGUUUCCUCACUGGUGGAGCUGGGGAGAUUGGUGCUCUCAAUCUGGACGAUUACGAGAAUUUUGAUCUAAUGUCUUGGGCAAUCGAUUUCGACCUGGGAAACACGGCCAACAACUGGACUAUGAUGUAA